UCGAGAAAUACUUCGGGCACUUGUAUCAUGGGUUUUGCAGCUCUCAUUUGCCUGCAGGGGCUCCUUUUUUCAAUGUUCUCUCUGGGAUCAACAGUGUCAUCUAUUGUUGGAUCAACAACAUCCAGUUCUUCGAUAAUUGCCAACAGACAAGGUCCUACAGAGGGUAGAGUAUAUCUGAAUCUGAACAACGGGGCCCGAACCAGUGGUACAGUAUACAGCUGGACGUACUGCUACUCUGCAGAUGGUGACCCACCUCCAUAUGAACUAGUCAUUGCUAUGUACCGACCCCAACCAAAUGGAACCUAUCAACUGAUUCCAGGGAGCUACCGAGAGUUGAGGAUUACCACUCGCCUUGGCUCCACUUUCGACUGCAGAGACAUAGACCUGGACACAUCUGACUUUUUCAAGGUCCAACCAAACGAUGUUGUUGGUGUCUGUGAACCAUUCAAUUCUAGACGUGUUGAGAUAUUCUUCUCAGCUCCUGGCAGCUUUCUAAGCUGGAAUGCAGGCAGCUGUAGCGAGGAUAGGAUAUCCUCUUCUCGUAGCAGCCUGGCUGAAUCUCAGAGAAUCUUUCUCCUGCGAGCAUCUAUUAAUGUGAAUGAGUGUGCAGAAGGGACUCAUACUUGUCAUGAGAAUGCACAAUGUACAGAUGUGGUAGGAGGGUUCACUUGCGAGUGCUCAACUGGAUUCACUGGAGAUGAUAUUGAUGAGUGUUCCAGUGAUUACAGCCCGUGUCAUGAGCAGGCCACUUGCUCUAAUGAAGUAGGGAAUUUCAGCUGUGAGUGCAACACUGGGUUUACAGGGGAUGGAUUCCACUGUGAAGAUAUUGAUGAAUGCCUCAUCAUUGAUGGUGGUAGCACCUGCCAUGAGCAGGCCACUUGCUCUAAUAAACCAGGAGGUUAUACCUGCACAUGUAACACUGGGUUUACUGGCAAUGGCUCCUUCUGUGAGGAUAUUGAUGAAUGUUUGAGCGGUGAUCACUCCUGCAGUGGGAAUGCUGUCUGUGCCAAUGAAAUAGAAGGCUUCAACUGUAUAUGUAGUGGCACACUCUCCACACCCAAUGGGACAGGAGCUCAGACACAGUCUGGGACCAGCGCUGUGACACCGAUCGUGUUGAUAACGGCUGGUGCCUCAUCUGUUGUGACAUUCUUUGUUAGCGUCAUGGCCACAUUGAUCUGUGUCAAGCUGUGGCAGAUGAAGAAGAGAGACAUAGACCUGGACACAUCUGACUUUUUCAAGGUCCAACCAAACGAUGUUGUUGGUGUCUGUGAACCAUUCGAUUCUGGACGUGUUGAGAUAUUCUUCUCAGCUCCUGACACCUUUCUAAGCUGGGAUGCAGGCAGCUGUAGAGAGGAUAGGAUAUCCUCUUCUCGUAGCAGCCUGGCUGAAUCUCAGGGAACAAUCUUUCUCCUGCGAGCAUCUAUUAAUGUGAAUGAGUGUGCAGAAGGGACUCAUACUUGUCAUGAGAAUGCGAAAUGUACAGAUGUGGUAGGAGGGUUCACUUGCGAGUGCUCAACUGGAUUCACUGGAGAUGGAUUCGUCUGCCAGGAUAUUGAUGAGUGUUCCAGUGAUUACAGCUCAUGUCAUGAACAGGCCACAUGCUCAAACGAAGUAGGAAAUUUCAGCUGUGAGUGCAACACUGGGUUUACAGGGGAUGGAUUCCACUGUGAAGGGACAGGAGCUCAGACACAGUCUGGUACCAGCGCUGUGACACUGAUCGUGUUGAUAACGGCUGGUGCCUCAUCUGUUGUGACAUUUUUUGUUAGCGUCAUGGCUACACUGACCUGUGUCAAGCUGUGGCAGAUGAAGAAGAGACAUGAGCUGAGUGAACCCGUUGCUCCUGCUAGUGGAGGAGUUGACAUCAUAUCCAAGCCAUGUUUGGCAUAUGGUUCUUUGGAUACAGAGAAAGAAGCCAAAGAUGGUCAAAAUGAAGAGUACUAUUCUUAUGCCAACUAAAUUAAAUUUUGCGUUUGUGUAGCUGUAAAC